AUGAACAUUUUUGUAUUAGCAAGAUUUUUAAUAAUAAAUAUUACCACUAUGUCAUGUAACAUCGUAAGUGUGGAUGAGAAAAGUGUCGUCGAAAGCGGAUUCGAAGAUUACUUUAACAUACCCGAAAUGAUGUUGGCUCCCAAUACUACUAAAGAGUGGUCAUACACUAUGCGACGAAGCAUGCAGGAAGUAGCACCUCAUUUAUAUCUUGGGCCUUAUAGUUCAGCGAGUCGUUCUCAGCUACAACCAUUGAAAGAAAUAGGUAUCACACACAUUAUUUGUGUGAGACAAGACAUUGAGAGUCAAUUUAUUAAGCCAAAUUUCCCUGGCGAAUUUGAAUACUUAGUCCUCAACAUUGCUGAUACAGUUACGGAAAACAUAAUUCAACAUUUCCGAAAUGUAAAAGAUUUUAUCAACAGAGCAUUAGCUUCUGGAGGACGAGUUCUGGUGCAUGGAAAUGCCGGUAUUUCACGAUCAGCAGCAUUAGUACUUGGAUAUGUUAUGGAAAAAUAUAAUUGUACACCUAGUCAAGCUUACGUACUAGUACAAAACAGAAGAUUCUGCAUCAAUCCCAACGACGGUUUUAUGGCUCAGUUACGUGAGUACGAGCCUAUUUAUAAAGCACAAAGUAUGGAGAUCGGUCAUCAUAACGCAAUUUCUGAAAACCGUUGCAAAAGAACGAUUCAUCAGAUCGAUGAGCGAGUUGAAACUAUGGACAGUUGA